UUAUCACCUAUAACAACUUAACUUUAUUAUCGAGAAUUUUUUUAGUAAAUGUGAUAACGCGACAACAUAUACAGUUCUGUGACACUAAUGAAUUUCAUCGGAAAGAUUAACAAUUGAAACGAUGAAGGGAAAGAAAUCCUCGGUCGAGUCAGCCAAGGACACCGAAUACGGAACGGUCAAAUACGAGGAUGAAAUGGCAUCAUCCUGGAGGUUUUGGAAGAAACGACGACACGUAGUUGGCGCAUUAGCAUUUUUAGGAUUUUUCACUUCCUAUAUUCUUCGAGUUAAUUUAAGCGUAGCUAUUGUUGCAAUGGUAAAAGCGGAAGUUCGGAAAGUCGAUGAAAACGGAAACGUUUAUUACGAAAAAGAAUUCGACUGGGAUUCGCAAAUGCAAGGAGUACUUCUAAGUUCCUUUUUUUACGGAUAUAUAUGCACACAAUUAAUUGGAGGAUGGCUUGGAGCACGUAUCGGUGGGAAAAGAGUUUUCGGUAUUGGAAUUGCGAUUACAGCCUUUUUUACAAUCAUCACACCACCACUUGCCAAAAUAAGCUAUAAUAUUUUUCUUGCUUUAAGGAUAGUAGAAGGAAUCUGUGAGGGUGUAACAUAUCCUUGCAUACACGCGAUAUGGUCACAUUGGGCGCCUCCAUUGGAAAGGUCGAAACUAGCGACCUUCGCAUUCUCCGGAAGUUUCUUUGGAACCGUAUUUGCCAUGCCCGUUGCUGGUUUAAUGGUUGAAUACCUUGGCUGGGAAUCUGUUUUUUACGUUUUUGGAGCAGCGGGUCUAGUUUGGUUCUUUUUAUGGUGGAUUAUCGUAAAGGAUAAACCGGAAGAAGAUCCGCAUAUUUCCAAAGCUGAACUGGAAUACAUUACGUGUAGCCUUGGAGCUUCAAAAACAGAGGGGAAAAUCACACAUCCAUGGAAAUCUAUGCUUACAUCUCCACCUGUUUGGGCCAUUAUUGCAGCCCACUUUAGUGAAAACUGGGGCUUUUAUACUAUGCUCACUCAACUACCAACAUUUAUGAAUGAUGUUCUCAACUUCAAGUUGGAUAAAACCGGAUAUUUAUCCGCGUUACCGUAUCUAGCUAUGACAAUUGCCGUCCAGUUUUCUGGAUACUUGGCAGAUUACUUAAGAACGAAGAAAAUUUUGACAACCACACAGGUGCGCAAAUUAUUUAAUUGUGGAGCGUUUGUAUUUCAAACAAUAUUCAUGUUAUGUGCUGCCUUCAUUUUAACGCCGACAGGAGUAGUUACUUGUAUUACAUUUGGAAUUGGUCUUGGCGGUUUUGCUUGGUCCGGUUUUGGAGUAAAUCAUUUAGAUAUUGCUCCUCAGCAUGCAAGUGUACUUAUGGGAAUAGGAAACACUAUUGCUACUUUACCUGGUGUUGUUAGUCCACUUAUUACAGGAUAUAUUGUUCAAAACAAGAGCACUGGUGAAUGGCGUGUAAUUUUCAUAAUUACCAGCGUAAUUUAUUUAAUAGGAGCUGUCAUAUAUGGUUUAUUUGCAUCUGGUGAAAAACAACAUUGGGCAGAAGAAAAUAAAGAAAAGAAAAGAGCAAAACAAUUUUAUGAAAAUCCUGCAAUGGAAGUUGACAAUUUAUAACGUGUAUAAUAAAAUAAAUGUAAUAAUUAUCAAUAA